AUGCCGGCGCGGCCGAGGCCGCCCGAUAACUCGUGCGUCGGGGCUCUGGCUCUUCAGGAGCAACACGUACAACCUUGGGCCGACAACCAGGCUCUGCGUGUCCUGAGACCACUCGUCGCCGAUAUCGACGGCACCCAAGCCGAACGUCUGUAUUUCCACCGCUUCCGUCACGUCGCGGGAGCCGGUCUCUGCAACCACGUCACCAAUCUCACGAGUUUCUGGAGCAGACUAGCUCCCCAGCUGAGCCAUUCAGACGCGGCUGUCAAACAUGCCAUCGUUGCCCUCGGCUCCGCGUAUCACAUCUACCAGUCGGCGCUGCCCGAGUCCGAGGACGGUCCGUCGCCUCGAGAGCUCGAAAUCUUCACGAUCCAGCAGUAUGGUACAGCAAUGUCCAAGCUUUCUAGCUAUGCCCACGUACCAAUGAAAGACAGAAUCACCGUCACGCUGCUCUGCUGCGUAUCCUUCGUCUGCAUCGAGACUUUACGAAACAACUGGAGACCGGCCCUGACUCACUUAUCAAACGGCUUGCGAAUUAUCGAGAGCCUGCCUAUGAGUACGCUGAAUGAGCUUCGGAACACCCGCGACUGGUCUACAGAGGAUCAGCUCGGUAUGGACUACAUACUUCGGCUGUUCGCCACCUGGGAAGUUUCGUGUGCACUGUUUGCCGAGAACUUCAAGCCCGUCAUCUCUAUCAAGCUGUACGAAGGGCGAGAACUUGACGAUACCCCUCUGGGGGAAUUCGAAUCCAUUACGCAUGCUCACCGGGUUAUCGUACAGUACACGCGUGACGUGUUUGCUCUCGUCUGGCUGAAUCGCCAGCACCAGGGGGACGAUGAAUUCUGGUCUCAACCCAUACCCAGACGUCAACACGACAUCUUGACACGAAAGGGCGAACGCAUGCCGGGCCUCUUUGAGCGAUUCCUAGCAAAACCUCAGGCACCCGCAACCGGAACGGGAGAGUACUACUCGGUAUGCUUAGAUACGUUGCACUACAGCUGCGCACGUCUCCUGUGCCACAAUCUACGCCAAAAGCCACACGAACGAUCUCAGUCGCCCGACAUCGUAGCCCGAUACGCAGAACUAGUGUCAAUAGCUGCAAUAAUACACAAGGGGCUCGCGGCAAGACAAAAAGAGACCGCAAUCCUACCUCGAUCUUUCACGAUGGACAUUGGCAUCAUCCCGCCCCUGUACUUCAUCAUAGUGAGCUGUCAGGAUCCCGACGUCCAAAAGAGGGCUCUCCGUCUUCUUCGAGACUAUCCGCAGAAGGAGAACUUCUGGGACGGUACUACCGUUCGAAACAUCUUGGCGACGGCAGAGAAGAUUAGUUACGGUCCGGUGCAUCCUUUGAAAGAGGUAGCGGAGUCACUCUCGUUUGGGAAGGGAAUACCUGCUCUCUAUGAGAAGCUUCGUGAAUUGAAUAUAAAAGUCGAAGAGACGUGA